CCUCAACACAAUCCCCGCCCGUGUUUGCACACCUGCCCCGGGGUCAGUCGCAGUUGCUCAAUUGUGUGCCUCACACCCUAGAGCUGGGACAUGAGACGAGGAAGGCGAGAAGGCUGCGGGCGGCGGGAAAGUGGCGCGAAUCCCCACGGGAGAAGCGGGUGGGAGGAGAGACCUGAGAACAUCAGUCAUACACACUGCGAGGUGUGGUCUGCCAUUCUCCCCGGCACACGAGGUGAAGGUGCUCCGAGCCCCGCCCCCUCCAUGUGUGUCCGAACCUGAGCUGCUUUCCUUCAUUGUGGACACGCUGGAUAUUAUGUACGUCUAGGAACACCGCAUCGAGGGCCACCAUGACCGAGUUGUUCUGCAAAGUGCUCACCGUUAUCAUCAAAUGCCGGGACUGUGAGGAGAGACGUACCAGUGUCAGGCUGACUGUUGAAACACAUUUGUUAACAAACCCUGUACAUAAGAAGGAUUUAAUCGUUCGCCUGUCAGAUGAUACUGAUCCAUUUUUUCUGUACAGUCUUACUUUAGGAGAAGAGGAUUUUCAAAGCUUAAAAAACCAGCAAGGAUUAUUAGUGGAAUUUUCUGCAUUUCCACAGAGGUUCAUUGACCUUUUGGAGCAAUGUAUAUUGGAGCAAGACAAGCCUGUUCCUAGGUUUUUACUUCAGUUGCUAACCUCUUCAAAUGGCCUGGACUGUAUGGCCACAAGCUUAAAUAUAAUUGAAACAAACCCAUUCAAGCACCUAAUCCAUCUUUCUUUAAAGCUUGUGGAAGGCAGUGACAGCGAUGUAAAGACAUAUCUUGCAACCUGCAUUAAGAGCUUAAAGUUGGAAAAUUAUGUUUUAAAGGGAAAAUUACAGAAAUCUGAAGAGGAACUUUUUCAGAAACUUUCUGUAACUCAACAGGCCCUGGCCGAGAAAUGCAAGGAACUGGAUAAGCUCAGGAAUGAAUGGACUUCACAGUCAUCUUCAUUAACAAGCAGGCAUACACAGGAAAUUACAGCCGAAAGAGAGAAGGUGGCACAGCUUCAAACUCAAUACCGGCAUCAGCAUGAGCAGCAAAAGAAAGAGCUGGAAUUCUCUAACAACCGAACAAUACAACAUUUGGAAGCAAGGGUGUGUGAAUUGGAAGCAGUUAAUAAAGACUUGACAGAGAAGAAGUACAAAUCUGAAUCGUGCAUACGUGAACUUAAGGGGAAGCUUUCUGCAAUGGAAGAGGAAAGUUAUAGAGCUAAACAAGAAGCUUCUUCCUUACGUCGGGAAAAUUCUACUUUGGACACUGAGUGCCAUGAGAAAGAGAAACAUCUAAACCAAUACAAGAUGCGGGCAGCCGUUCUAGAACAGGAAGUCAAGGAUAAAGAGCAAGUAGUGUUACGAAGUACAGAUGCUUGUGAAAGCGCACAGGAGCACAAGAAAAAACUUGAAGAAUCUCUGGAACAAAAGCAGCUGCAAAUUGGAAAGCUUGAAACUACAGUGAAAUCCCUCUCUGAAGAACUUAUAAAAGCUAAUGAAAUCAUUAAAAAAUUACAAACUGAUCUAAAGAAAUUGGUGGACAAGAUGAAACUGAAAAACGCUGUUACUAUGAAGCAAGAGAAGCUUCUUGGAGAAAAGGAACAGCUUCUACAGAACGAGAGGCUGGAACUAACAAACGUGAAACAUGCCUUGAAGAUUAAGGAAGAGGAGGUUUUAAAGAUACAAGAAAAGCUAGAUAACACAGUUGAGAAAUUGGAAGAGAGCAAGCAGCUGCUGAAGACUAAUGAGAAUGUAAUUUCUUGGCUUAACAAGCAGCUGAAUGAAAACAAAAUUGCAUCUCUACAAGGACCACAAGCAUUGCAUGAAAUGCCUGGCUCACUACAAACCUCCAAUCCAACAUCAAAUAUUGGCACAAUACAAACCAACCAGCCACCAUUUUCUACUGCUAACGAUCCUUACUUUACUUCAACAAUCUUUAAUCCAGUUGGCCUUUCUCUAGCUUCCAAAUUUUACAACAGCAGUACUCCAGCUUUGCGAAAGAAUGUACCAGCUGCAACCUCAGGUUCAUCAAGACUUGGCCCACAGGUACGGUUCAAUGUAAAUACCCCUACUGAUUGCAGCCCAGCCCCUGAGCCCAGGCCUGUACCUACAACAUCAACUCCUAUUUUCCCUUCUACCUCAAGUGACACAGCCGGUUUAGAUUUAAAGUACCUGAAAAGAAAUGGAAGUGCACCUACCAAAUCACAAAAAAAUGCAAACCCUGCUCCAGUUAGGCCGACCUUAACCAAGUCUGGGAGUUCACCAAUACUGUCAGCUUACUUCCCAGGACAGCAAGCAAGGCUUCCUGCUUCUUAGAUAUUAUACAACAUACAUUAUUGACCAAAUACUGCACAUAACACUUCACUUUGGGUAGGAGUAUGGUCAGUUUAAACUGCCAAAUUAAGCUGUAUCCAAAUAAAACAGUAAAAAUGUAUUACUUUGUAUAGUGCCUGGGAAAGACAGAUGUUUUAAGACAAAAGAUCCCAAAACGGUAUACUGGCUGAAGGUGUUUAGGGUGAAAUUAUGGGGGUAAUACUUGGUGCUAAAAUCUGCAUAACUGUAAAUAAUUAAAUACAUGUAUGUUUUGGCCUAAACGCACAAAAAUCAUUCAUCCCUAUUUUUGUGCUUUCUAAUAGAUGUGUUGAAAGGAACACAUUUUAUGUCUUGAGUGUUUUUCUUUGUCUAAUAUUUGUAAAAUACAUUUGAACUCAGUGGUCUUAUAGCGUACUUGCUGAUUUCAUGGUUAUUUGAAUCCAAAGGAAACUAUAUUGGUCUAGGUGCUCAGCCAUUUUUUUACUGCUAAAAUGCUGAUGUCCAACUCAUUUGUAGUGCUGGUAAACAAGUAUCACGUGGCAUAGGCCUGUCAAAGAUGGCAUAAUGCGGAUUAUAUAUAUAUAUAAUCAUUUAUUUUUUUAUGUAUUAUGCUAAGCACACUUUUUGCACAUUUUGGUUAUAAAAAUCAUCUUUAAUUUGCUGCUUUAAAAGUUUUGAAAAAAAUAAAAUAAAAAUUGUCAGUAUUAGUAAACUGAUUUUUACCCAUGAGAAUAAAUAGUGUCCUUGCAGUGUAUGCAUUCAUAUUCUUUUAAACUGAUCUUCUCUGUAAUGUGUCUUUAAAUAUUUAGCUGUUCUCAGUGGAUGACCUGUAAUGAAGAUUGCUUAUUUUUUUUGGGAGAAUGUAAUUAUUGAAAAACCUAUGUGAUGCCUUCGUUUUCUGGUGCUUUAGCCUUUUUUUUUUUUUUUUUAUCUUGUUAAGUACAUGUCUGAUGAAGUUUAAGACUGUAUUUUAAAGUUUACGCAGUGUGUUACACAUUUCUUUAUAGAAAUACACUUUCUGCAUUUAAAGUAUGUAUUUAAUGCCUGUAAUAUAAUAAAGUAUUUAUAUAUUUUGAUUUA